ACAAACAAGAUGGCGUCCAAAGGACAGUUAGGUGUUCAAGUGAAGUCAGUAAAGAAUAGGAAGAGACCAGCAACUGGUAGAGAAGAUAAUACGCAAAGCAAGAAAACUAAACACCAAUCAAAGGAACGUUACAGCUUGAAGAACAACAAGAAGAAAUUUGUGAAGAAUGAUUCACAUGUUGGCAAGAAAAAGACACCUCUCCCGAAGAAAAAAACUUUUGAUAAUUCUAGAAAUAAAGCUGCACCUACGAAGAAGAAAUCAAAACAUGAUGAUUCCCAUCCUGAAGAUGAGGAAAAACCAAAUAUUUGGCAGAUGAAAAAGAAAGAAAGGAAAACCUACAGAAAAAAACAUGAUGUUCACUACAACCUGAUCCACUCCAUCAAACAGCAUUAUGAAUCCCUCAGAAGGAAAGAUGUCUCUGUGACUGAAAAAGUCAAGAUAAUUAAUGAGAUAUUGCAGUUGAUAAAUGGUCACACCCAUGAGGUGAUAUUCAAACAUGAUACAGGAAGAGUUAUGCAGUGUUGUGUGAAGUAUGGCAACAAUGAACAGAGGAAAGCACUUUUCAUGCAGUUCAAAGAUGAUUUUGAAGCAAUGAUAAAAAGUAAAUACUCCAAGUUUUUUGUUAAGAAGAUGCUUAAAUAUGGGACAAAGGAACAAAGAAGUGUUAUAUUGAAGUGCUUUUAUGGAAAAGUUAGAAAGCUAAUUAAACACAAGGAAGCAUCAGAAAUUCUGGAGACUAUCUAUACAGAUUAUGCAGUAGCUGCCCAAAAGAGUUCUUUAAUACAAGAGUUUUAUGGACCAGAGUUCGCUCUUUUCAAGACAAUGGACAACAGGAAGCUUGAGCAAAUUAUCAAAGAUGAACCAGGAAAAAAAGACAUCAUUCUUAAGAACUUAAAGGACUCUUUGAAUCCUUUAGUAGACAAAUCAGUCAUCACACACAACAUUAUUCAUAGAGUGUUGUUGGAGUAUCUUAUGUUAUCAGAUGACAAGGCACAAUCUGAAAUGAUAGAAAGUAUUCGUGAAUAUGUUGUGCUCAUUCUUCACACGCACGAUGGAGCUAGAGUUGCUAUGCAGUGCUUGUGGAAUGGAACUGCCAAGGAUAGGAAGAUCAUUCUCAAGACUUUCAAGACGUACAUUGCCAAAAUCUGCAAGGAGGAGUAUGGUCACUUGGUUUUGCUUUCAUUAUUUGAUGUUGUUGAUGACACAGUCCUUGUCAAAAAGAUCAUUUUUCCUGAAAUGGUUGCCAGUCUCAAGGAGUUGGCUAUGGAUACAUAUGGUCGCAAAGUUUUGCUUUACUUGUUAAUGCCAAGAGCACCUACACAUUUCCAUCCAGAUGUUGUCAAGUUGCUUCAGGCAGGAGAUGACAACCUACACAGUAAGAAGGAUAUAGUUCAAAGAAGAAAAGAACUUGUUGAUGGUAUAUCACCAGGAUUACUGGAGCUGAUAUGGGAUCAUGGCGAAGAGCUAAUGUUUGAUAAAGGUGGCUGUCAACUUGUUCUUGCCAUAAUGCAUAAGUGCUCAGGUGAUUUGGUUCCAGCCAUGGAAGCCAUUGCCAAAGCUGCCAGUAAACCAGUAGAAACAUCAACAGAUGAAGAGGAUCACCUAGUGAAGAGUGCAAGUGGACAUUUUUCUCUCAAGAAGCUUAUUUUACAGGAUAAAGAUCAUAUGGACAUAAACAAUGAAGGUCAAACAUUCUUUUCUCAGCAUCUCUUAGAGACUGUGGAACCAGAAUCUUUGUUUGAUUGGUGUAAAAUUAAUCGUGGAGCUUUUGUAGUGACAAGUUUACUUGAGAGCCCUGUACCAGGAGUUGCCAACAGAGUUAAGACUAUUCUAAAACCAAGACUUAAAAAGUUAGAAAAAUACAAAAGCAAAGGAGUAGAGAUUGUCUUGAAGAUAUUACACAAGUAAUAAUUAUAAAAUAAAGGUCACAUUUUCUAAAUACAUAUUCAAUCCAUAAGCAAAGUUCUAUCAUGUGAUAUUGUGAGCACUCUAAAGUUACUUUAUUUGCUGAAUGUUCAUUUAUUACAAAUCUA